GCUCGAGCUAGGCACGCCAAGUGGGCGGGCCUUGAUCAGAACGCGGAUGCAGUCGCGAGUCUGCGCAGAUCUCCGUUUGUUUGUUUUUUCCCGGAGACGGUAGUUUCAGCCUUGGAACCUGCGGUUUGCAAAAGUGGAUCGGGGUCAUGGAAAAAGGGAGAGACUCCGACCCAGUGGGGACGUUACUAGCAGCCGCUCGGAAAGUGUACAAAAGGGUUUAUGGCGGGGAAGACCCUAAAAUUGCAGUGUCGGCGCCCGGAAGGGUAAAUUUGAUCGGAGAGCACACCGAUUACAAUCAAGGUUUCGUGCUACCUAUGGCCAUACAGAUGAGAACAGUCGUGGUUGGGAGUCCAAGGGAAGAUGGAAUAAUAUCCAUAACUACAACUGCAGAGGAAGCGGAAGAGCCUAAAACUGUGCAGUUUUCAGUUCCAAGGGAAGGUGUUUCCUUGAAACCCGGAGAACCUCACUGGGCUAAUUAUGUAAAAGGGGUUAUCCAGCAUUACAAAGCUGGCCCUCUCCCAGGCUUUGAUGCUGUGAUAGAGAGUAAUGUACCAAUAGGUGGUGGUCUCUCAAGUUCAGCCUCCUUAGAAGUGGCCAUGUACACCUUCCUGCAGCAACUCUCUCCUGAUGACAGGGAUCCAGUUACUAAGGCACUGGUGUGCCAGAAAGCGGAACACACCUUUGCAAUGAUGCCUUGUGGUAUCAUGGACCAAUUUAUCUCCGUGAUGGGGAAGGAAGGACAUGCCUUGCUGAUAGACUGCAGGUCCUUGGAAACUCGCCUGGUCCCUUUGACUGACCCAGACUUAGUUGUUCUCAUCAUCAACUCCAAUGUACGACAUACUUUGACAGGCAGCGAGUAUCCCACACGUCGGCGUCAGUGCGAAGAGGCAGCCAAGAUGCUGGGAAAGGCAAGCCUGAGAGAAGCCAGCAUGUCAGACUUAGAGGAGUCCAGGAGCCUCCUGAGUAAGGAGAUGUACAGGCGAGCCAGGCAUGUGAUCGGAGAGAUUGAACGCACAUCUAGGGCAGCCGAGGCCCUGGAGGCCAAGGAUUAUAAGAGGUUUGGAGAACUAAUGGUAGAGAGCCACAAUUCCUUACGGGAUGACUAUGAAGUUAGUUGUCCAGAACUAGAUGAACUGGUAGCUGCUGCCAUGGAAAUUCCUGGAGUUUAUGGUAGCAGAAUGACUGGUGGCGGUUUUGGAGGUUGCACUGUCACUCUUCUUGAAUCUGGAGCCGCAGAAAAAGUUCUGAAACAUAUCAAGGAGAAAUACAGCAGGACAGUGACAUUCUAUUUCACAAAACCCGCUGAUGGAUCUAAAGCACACCUCCUGUCUUGAAAACUCUUCCAGCUGGUCUGUAGGAUUCACUAAGAAAAGUGAUAAGAAAAGCAUGACGCUUUGGGACAGCUUCCCGGGACAUUAUUCGCUUGGAGCAAAGAUUUGACUUCUUCCAUAAAAGAAGUAAAGUAAGUGAAAACCUGCAUGUGCACACAAGUGUUUUUUUCUUUUAGCCAAGAGCCCCAAAAGGAUUUUUGUCUGAUUUAUAAGACCGUUUGGGGCAGAAGAUUUCUUUUUCAGUGAAACACUGCGAUGAGUUUGGUUAAACGCUGUUGAUUUUUGUAUACAGUUUUCUGUGAUACGUUCCUUCAACAACCUGGAUGGAAAUACUGAGGCUGAGAAAGUCUGGCGUAAACUCCACAACUCCAAAACAAUUCCUUUUUAUUUUCCCAAGCCGAGACUAAUCGUGGAAAUAGGCUUUCUGCUUUACAUUGUGUUCUAAAUAUUGCUUCUAUCCUUUCUUUCCUGCUUAUCCAUUUAUGAGCCAUCUCCCAGUCAUGAAUUAUCCACUAAACAUAUCUUGAAUAGAGCCACUUUGUGAUGAGUUUUGCGUUUGAUAUUAUCAUUAGUUACUGUCAAGGAUGGGCUAAUGCGAGAUAAUACCCUCAACCCAUAUAAUUGGUAUAGCUAGGUGUUGUGGUAGUGACAACUGUAGUCAGUUACACUGAAGUCAAAAUAAAAGCAUCAUAAUAUCUAUGAGGUAAAAUGAUUGUAAUGCAAAGAUGUAAGAUGUGUUGUUUGUAUGAUGUGAUGAUUCAUUUAUCAUUUGUCUCUCCUCUCUCUGCCCCAACGCUGAUCCAGUGGACAUACAUGAUCUAAAUUAAAGAAAAUUUACAGUAAUGAUAGCUUUUCUGUCAACUUUCAAAACGACUUCAGCUGAAGCCAUAUUUCCUUUUCUUCAUUUCUUACAUGCCACAUAUAUGGGAGGGGAGGGGGAUCUACAGGAUGUGGGAUAUUUUCCUCCAUUGUGGCCAGACAUAACAGCAAUAAGAUCCAUGUGAAUGUGAACCAAGGUCAUCUCAGCGAGCGCCUGAGGGAGCAGCCGAACAGCCUGCCAUCUACCUGAUUGGUUAAGGUGACCUGUGACAUAAAGGGGGAGAGGAUUGAUGUCUAUUCUUUCUUCUGGGUUUUAUUUAAAGUUGGUUUCACAUUUCAAUGUGCCGAUAUGAUGUGCCCAAUAAAAUGGAUCUUUGAGAAAAGCUACAGCUUCAGAAUCCUGACUUGAUUGGGACCCUUACUCGCAACCAUGACACUUUCUUUCUAUAAAAUGAAUGAUUGUCACCUUAAAGUAAUUGGCUGUGUUCCCUUGUAUGAAACCUUCAUGUGGUUAAUUGAUUUUCAUUUUACUGUGAUUGUGAUCCAGCCGUGAUUUGUAAGCUCAGUUUAUUGUACCAGUGUUAUGCAUAAACAAAAUGUCUUAAUAAACCAGGGUUAAACAUGUCAUGGAUUAGUAAUGUGUAAACCAGCCAAUACUUGUUUAACAUCAACUGUUCACUAGCCAGAUUUUAAAUUAUCGUGUGCCUAGCCUGAGUAAAGCUUAGUGUUUUGUGCAGCCAUUAUAUCCCAACAGUACUAUCCCAACUGUAUGUUUUGCAGUGGCAACGGUUACAUUAAAAAUUAGCUUCAGCAGGGCACUCAGAUGUAUUCACAAAAGGUAUUCAGUUAUUCUUCACAUGUAUCUCAGCUGCUAAACACAGAUGCAAACUUAACUUUUCCCAUACAAUAUUUUUAAAGACAGAUCACAUUGCUAUAGAUGCUAAUCUUUAAGGCUAAUCUUGGCAACUUUAUAUCCUUUUAACUUUGGUCGUUGGAUUAUUUUAGUAACAUCUUCAGGUAGAAGUUAUAGAUUUUGCUUUUAUUGCCUAAUCCUAUUGAGGUUUAGGUUUGUACAAGAUCUGCAUUGUUGCCCUCAUUAGCAGUCAAGCUGGUUUUUUUUUACACAUAGCAUAUUUGAAAAUUAAAAAAAAAUAGCUGCGAUCAUAGAGAAAAUGUUUAUUAA